UUGAAUUUUUCCAUUGCCUCCCUCCUCCAUCACAGCCUGUCAAACCCUCUAAACUAAUCAACACAAUAACACCACAUCCUUGAUUUGAUUUAAUUUAAUUUUAUACAAUUAAUUAACCAAAAAACAAUUUUUAAGAGAAACUUCCUUUGUUGUUGCUCCAAGCGAAAACCGUUUCAUACUAUAAUCAAUCUUUGAGAUCCCCUUUAGCUUAGGCCUGCCCAAAGAGAGAGACACACACCAUUUGCUGUUCUGUUCUCCGUUACAGAACACAGCAACCCUUCUCCCCUUCCCCAAAGUCCAACCCAACUCCAGUUGUUAAAUCCUCUCCCCCUUCGAUCGGUCCGCCGGAAGACUAUUUAUGGUCCCGUGAUGAGUUGGUGAUUGGUCGGUUCGGUUUCGUCUGUUUGCUGGGGCUGCGUUUCUCAUCAGCAAGAAGAAGAAGUUUUCUGCUUAUGGAGGAUGAUGAGAUUGGCAUGAGUAAAGAGGAAGAAGAUGUUCAAUGAGCUUCCAUACCGACAAUCCCAUCCACCCGUUCAACUUCUACUUCUGCAGAUAUGGGAACCAGAUUUGAAUAUGCAAUCAAUCUGCUGGCCAGUUCACCAAUAAGCAGCAGCAGCAGCAGCAAAACGAACACUACAUCUUUUCGCAUUGUGAAUGAUACGGAAAAGUUGAGAAGCAGCAAUCUGAGAGCAGAGAGAAGAACAGAGAAGAGAGGACUCUGCGGGUUCUGGGAACAAGAACGAGAAGACGGCAUGAUGGAUAGAAACGAAGAGAUUCGGAACAUAGAAUACAUCAAGAAGACAAUGCAGAUGCAAGAAGAUGUUUUCAAACAACAGCAAACGGGAAAGCUUGCAAGUUAUUUCGGUCAGAGAACUCCAUAGGCUAUAUAAUGUUCAGAAGAUGCUAAUGGAUGAGGUCAAGAAGCAAUUUGAACAAAGCAGAAUUUGGGCCCCGCUGCCGACUACAACUUCUUCAGUGACCAACAUGAACUCCAUCAGUUGGCCCAACCAAGCCUUCCCAAGCCCGAGAAACGACCCGCCGAGCCCGAGAAAUUUCGAUCUCGGAGGGCCUAUCAAGGGAGACAUCUCAACCGACACGAGCCGUGGGACGAACAAUGAAGUUGGCUGCUCCAUGGAGGAGCAUGAAGUUGAGCUCACUCUGAGUUUAGGAGGGAAAACGAGCAAGAGGAAGCCAAAGGCUGAGGCAGAAAAGAAGUUUGUUCCUUUGCUUUCGAUCGAGUCUGAUCGAGGCGGUCCUGCUCCUGACAACAGCGGCUCGACGGAGACAUCUGAUCGGGAAAGAAAACGGCCACAAUGGCUUUUUCAGGUUUGAGGUUUCAGAGGAAGAUCAGAUGUAGCCCCAUUCAAGAUUUUCUAGAGAAGAAUAUUAAACACGCGCUCGACGAUUAAAAGUUCCGAACUCCCGAUUCAGCUCCUACUGAUUCUACAGUUGAGGAUCAUCGUAAUUCAGAGUUUUCAUUGUAAAUAGAUUCUCUGCAAGGCCGGUUCAUUCUGAUGUUAUAUUUAUUGCUGCAUUGUCUCAUAUUCA